AUGGGACGUCCGGCGGCUCCAGGCGACAAGGAGGGUCCUCCGGGUGAUAGCCCAGGGGGCCAACGGAGUGAGGGCGAUCCCGGUGGGCAGAGCAAGAACGGAGAAGGAGGACCACCGGCCCAGUUUGGAGCUGCUGACGAGGCAAAGGAGACGGAGGAGGAGCCAGGAGAGAAGGGAGGCGGACGCAACCCUAGCACUGGCAAGGGCCAGAGGAAGGUUGGCCGAGGAAAUGGUCAAGGAGGCGGUUCGUCGAUGGAAGGCGGAGGCAGCUGCUGGGCGUGCCGCAAUGCUCCGAAGAGCGGCGCGCCGGAGAUGCCAGCAAAGCAGGGCCACGCAGCGGGGCCGCUGGGGCAGGAAGGAGGCGCUAGACGCAAGGAUAAGGAGGAUGACGGUGCCACGGGAGUGGCCAAGCCGAAAGUGGCAGCCCGCGAGGCCACCCACCCCGCACCCGCAGGAGCGGAAGGAGGAGGAGGCAGAGGAGGAGCCGUGGACGCGAGGUCCAUGGGUGUGGCCAGCCCCGACGGAGAGGCCGAGGCUGGAGAGGCAGAUUUCCUGCCCGGAGAGGAGGCCUCCUAG